UAUAAAUACAUGAGCGCAGCGAUCAUAGCUGAUCGUAGAUAGUAGAACAGCCGGGCUGUGAUUUAUUUUGUGUAUUGCUGGAUUAAACAUCCUACGGAUUCUAAGAUACAUUUACAAGUGAGGUUACAUAAUGUCCGGUCAUUCAUGCCGUCGCAUGCAACGUGUUCUCGUGCAGUUCACGAGGAGUUACAGUGAGGGCGGAAGGCACUACAAGGUUGUAAUAGCCGGAGGGGGGACGGGUGGCUGUUCUGUGGGUGCUCGGGCCUGUAGGACGUUCGGCCGGGGAAACGUGGCCAUCAUAGAACCAGCAAAGCACCACUACUACCAGCCCAUGUGGACGCUGGUGGGUGCAGGCAUCAAGCAGGUGGAGAACUCCUCCGCCCUCAUGAAGGACGUGCUGCCCUCUGGUUGCCAUCACUAUGAACAACGCGUGCAGGAAUUCAACCCGGAGAAAAACACGGUCAUACUCAGCAAUGGAGAAAAGCUGAGCUACGACUACCUAGUUAUUGGCCUCGGAAUACAGAUCAACCUUAAUAAGGUAGAGGGCCUUAUUCCUGCGUUGAAAGCGGACCGUAACGUGUGCACGAAUUACGUCCGUGAAUACGUGGAGAAGACGUUUCCCGCCAUCCAGGAUUUCCGCGGAGGCAACGCCAUCUUCACUUUUCCAAACACGCCUAUCAAGUGUGCAGGCGCCCCCCAGAAAAUCAUGUAUUUGGCGGAUGAGUACUGGAGAAAGGCAGGUGUCCGUGACAAAGCAACCGUCAUGUUUAAUACUUCUCUCGGUGUAAUAUUUGGGGUAAAAAAAUAUGCUGCCAGCCUUAUGCCAAUAGUGGAGAGAAAAGGAAUCCAAUUGAAUCUCCGACGCAAUCUUGUCUCCGUUGACCAUUCAAAGAAAACCGCCACAUUUGAACUGCUGGACAGUGAAAAGGGGGAGAAGAUCACAUAUGAUUAUGAUUUCCUGCAUGUGGCGCCCCCAAUGUCAGCCCCUGACAUCCUAAAGAAUUCCACCAGUCCUAUAGUUGAUGCAUCAGGAUUCCUGGACGUCAACAAACUCACAUGCCAGCACAACAAGUUUCCCAACAUUUUCGGUGUUGGUGACUGCACCAACAUUCCCACGGCCAAAACUGCUGCUGCUAUAGCAUCACAGAACAAAAUUGUGCAUACUGGUAUCAAAGAGGUGGAAGCAGGGAAACAACCAUCUGGACAGUACGAUGGCUACACAUCAUGCCCCCUGAUUACUGGCUAUCACCACUGUAUUCUCGCUGAAUUUGGGUUUGAAGGCGUUCCCCUCGAGACAUUCCCACUGAACCAGGCCAAGGAGCGACGAACCAUGUUCCACAUGAAGAAGGAUAUCAUGCCGGAGAUCUACUGGAAUAUGCUGCUUAAGGGUUACUGGGGAGGCCCAAAGCCGUACAGAAAGAUCAUGCACCUCGGAACGGGGAAGUGAUUACACACUGAGUACACACGAGUUCUGGUAGCUGACAUGUGCCUGGCCAUAAAAACUUUAUCUUGAUGAAUCAGCACAAAGACUUUGUUUUUCGCAUUGAUUCAUACCUUGAUGGUAUUUUAUGUGUCAUGAAAAAGCAUCUUUGUUCUUGCCUACAACGAUGCAUACAAAAAGAACGUGUAGAAAAUAAGAAAUUGAGUUUUCAAUACUUUUAUUUCAUGAUCACAUCUUGUCAAAUAUAAGGGAAAGGUAAAAUAUCACAUACGAAAUAUACCAAUAGGGUAAAAAAAUCUUGAUUUCAGAAAGUACCUAGAAUACAGUUAUUUUCGUACAAAUAUCAAAGACUGUAAAUAAGGCACUAAAUGAUAUUAUUGUUUUUAAUGUGAAUAUUUAUGUGUGAACAUUUUGAAAUUUAUUUGUAAAUAUGAUCUUGACAUUCACAAUAAAUUAUUUUAUAUA